GCACUCUGCAAGCUCUGUUAAGGAUAGAUCUUGAUCCAACAACUUGCAGCAUCCAUUUCCACCAAUGGCUCCCCCCACCCCCAGACUUGUUGUGCCCAUAGAUGUGAAGAAAAGCCCUUGGGAGCAGAAGCUACCCAUCCACAACCGCUGGCAUCCUCACAUACCCCCAGUCGCAGAGGUGACCGAGGGGGAGGUCUUCCGAGUUGAGAUGUUAGAUUGUGUCGGAGGUCGAGUUGGCGAUAAUAACUCGGCUGAAGACAUAAAAUUUGUGGACGCGUCGAUAUCUCAUUGUCUUAGUGGUCCUCUAAGAGUUCUUGAUACAAAAGGUGUUCCUGCCAAACCUGGGGAUCUUCUAGUCGUAGAAAUAUGCAACUUAGGUCCCCUGCUUGGUAACGAAUGGGGUUUUACAGCAACAUUGGAUAGAGAUAAUGGCGGAGGGUUUCUAACGGAUCACUUUCCUUGUGCUACUAAAGCCAUUUGGUACUUUGAAGGAAUAUAUGCAUACUCCCCAAACAUACCAGGUGUUAGAUUUCCUGGUUUGACUCACCCAGGGGUAGUUGGAACUGCACCUUCCAUGGAACUUCUACAAACAUGGAAUGAAAGGGAAAAGAAACUGGUAGAAACUGACAUUCGAUCAGUGAAAUUAUCUGAAGUCGUACACCAACGACCGGUAGCACACUUACCAAACACAAGGAAUUGCCUCCUUGGAAAGGUAAAAGAAGGAACCCUCGAAUGGGAAAAGAUUGCAAAUGAGGCUGCAAGGACAAUUCCUGGAAGGGAAAAUGGAGGGAAUUGUGACAUCAAAAAUCUAAGUACAGGCUCAAAAGUGUAUCUUCCAGUAUUCGUGGAAGGAGCAAAUCUUAGUACAGGUGAUAUGCACUUUUCGCAAGGAGAUGGUGAAAUCACAUUUUGUGGAGCAAUAGAAAUGAGUGGAUUCCUAGAACUCAAGUGUGAGAUCAUAAGAGGCGGAAUGAAAGAGUACCUUACACCGAUGGGGCCAACACCUCUCCAUGUAAACCCAAUUUUUGAGAUAGGGCCAGUGGAACCAAGGUUCUCAGAAUGGUUAGUCUUCGAAGGAAUUAGUGUGGAUGAGGAAGGAAGGCAACACUUCCUUGAUGCAACUUUAGCCUUCAAGCGUGCUGUCCUAAAUGCCAUAGACUACCUCUCAAAAUUUGGGUACUCCAAAGAACAGGUGUAUAUACUACUCUCAUGCUGCCCUUGCGAAGGAAGGAUAUCAGGAAUAGUAGACACCCCAAAUGCUUUGGCAACUCUUGCCAUUCCUACAUCCAUAUUUGAUCAGGAUAUAAGACCAAAAUCUGGAAAAGUGCCAGCAGGACCUCAAGUGCUGAAGAGACUCCCAGAUGUUCUGAAGAGCACAUACGAUGGAGAUCUGCCCAUAACACAAAACCCGUCCAAGGAUAUAUGACUCUGCUGCUUUGUCUUCUCUGGGUUCUGAAUAAGUUCUUUAUCACAGCAUUCUAGCUAUCAACAUUAUCGUAUAUGGUUAUAACCCUGUUUGCUUAAAUUUAUGAAAACUACUCCAUGUAAUGGAUGUUUGAGCAUGAUAUGCUUGCAUUACACGAAUAAAAAGGCUUGAGAAAGCAGUUAUCCUCUUCUUA